AUGGCCCCAUCAACAACUAUAACAGAAACUACAGCAACUUCCACUUCUCGUGGUUAUGCAAUGAAUCAACGUGGUUCACAUAAUAUUGCAAAAGGAGGACAACAUCCUUAUCAAUUACCUAAAUUUACCAAUCCCAAGGAUCAUCAAAAGUGGAUUCUUCAACACAUGGCAGGUGCAUUUCGGGUAUUUUCAAGAAAAGGUUUUGGUGAAGGUACAGCAGGUCAUAUUUCAGUACGUGAUCCAAUUGAUCCACAUACAUUUUGGAUUAAUCCACUCGGUAAACAUUUCGGUUUAAUUAAAUAUUCAGAUUUAGUUCAUGUUACUUCACAAGGUGAAAUUUUACCAGACGGUGCUCAAACUGCUAUAAACGCAGCUGGUUUUGCUAUUCAUUCUGCAAUUCAUGAAGCAAGACCAGAUGUAAAUGCUGCAUGUCAUACACAUUCAACUUAUGGUAAAGCUUUUAGUUGUUUAGGAAAAGAAUUGGAAAUGAUCAAUCAGGAUGUUUGUAUAUUUUAUAAAUCUCAAUCUGUUUAUCAUGAUUUUGGAGGUGUUGCAUUGGAAAUUGAAGAAGGUAAGAAAAUUGCUAAUGCUUUAGGAAAUGGAAAAGGUGUAGUUUUGAAAAAUCAUGGAUUAUUAACUGUUGGUAGUACUGUUGAUGAAGCUGCUUAUUUGUUUACAUUAAUGGAACAAAGUUGUAAAGUUGAAUUAAUUGCUAAAGCAGCUUUAAAAAAUGGUGAGAAAUUACAUAUUAUUGGUGAUGAAGAAGCUGCUUAUUGUGAACAUCAUGAUGGUGAUCCAGAAACUUUAUAUACUGAAUUUCAACCUGAUUAUGAAAUGGAAAUUUAUUUAGAUGAUAAAUUUUUGAAUUAA